CUGAUUGCACCACCAAAGGAGGCAGCAAGCUCGUGUGCCAUGAAGAAAGUUUAGCCCUGCGGCACCAAUGCUGUUCACGUCUCCAGGCAGCUGUCAAAACUCGGCUUUCUUGUCGAUCCGAGUACUUUGGGCGCCAUCCGUCUUAGACGCAUAGUCGCCAGUCGCGACCGAGCUCACGGACAUGACGAACUAUCUCUCGACUCCCUACCUCCUCGGCGCCGCCGUCGUCCUGUUUAUCGGCUACAGGCUUGUCCAGCAGAUCAACACCGAUGCGCGAAUCCGCAAGCUGGGCGCUCGAGCGCCAGUCCGAAAGACGUACUUCCCGUAUGGUGUUGACAUGGCAUACGAAGUCGUCACCUAUGCUCUGAAAGACAAGUCGUACGAGCUAUGGGUUGGCAUGUUCAACAAGUGGUGCGGUCCAGGGCGAUACACAAUUGAGGCUGGCGUUGGCGAGCGCGUGGUUCUGACCGCAGACCCCGAGAACAUCAAAGCUAUUCUUGCGACACAAUUCAAGGACUACGGCAAGGGAGAGCAGUUCAGGAAAGACUGGCACACCUUCUUGGGCAACAGUAUCUUUACUACAGACGGGCAACUAUGGCACAACUCACGCCAGCUCAUCCGACCGCAAUUCGUCAAAGACCGCCUUAGCGACAUCGACAUCUUCGAACAACAUACCCAAAUCCUCAUGUCCAAGAUCGCUGGGGGUGACGAGAUCGAUACGCUUGAUAUGAUGUUCAGGUACACAUUGGAUGCCGCUACACAUUUCCUUUUGGGCCAGAGUGUGGGCAGUCUGGACGAGCCACAAACGGUCUUCGCGGAUGCGUUCUACAACGCUCAGCGUGUACAGAGCUUCGUGUCUAAGAUCGGACCUCUAAACUGGCUUAUCCCUCGCAAGCGAUUGGGCUUCUACGACUCCAUCAAGAUCAUCAACGACUUCGUCAAUCCCUUCAUCGAUCGCGCUCUCGCACUCUCCCCAGAAGAACUCGAGAAGAAGACAAACCACGACGAAGGCUACACAUUCCUCCACGCGAUCGCAGGAUACACACGCGACCGAGACAUGCUACGCGAUCAACUCGUCUCCGUCCUCCUAGCAGGCCGCGACACAACCGCGUGCACCCUAACAUGGGUAAUCUACCACCUAUCCAUCGACCCAACCAUCCUCGCCAAACUGCGUCAAGAAAUCCUGCAAACUGUCGGUCCUGAGCGCCAGCCCACUUACGAAGACUUGAAGAAUAUGAAAUACCUCCAACACAUCAUAAACGAAACCCUCCGUCUCUACCCCGUCGUCCCAUACAACGUCCGCCUCGCCCUCAAGGACACCACGCUCCCCGUAGGCGGCGGACCCGACGGUACGCAACCCAUCGGUAUCCUCGCCGGCACACCAAUCGGCUACUCGACUCUCGUCAUGCAGCGCCGCGAAGACUUAUACCCACCCACGUCUACUUCCUUCCCUCCGCCCUCGGUCUUCGCGCCCGAUCGUUGGGACAACUGGAACCCGAAGACGUGGACAUAUGUGCCGUUUAACGGCGGACCUAGGAUCUGUAUUGGUCAGCAGUUUGCGCUUACCGAGAUGGGGUAUACGCUUGUCAGAUUGUUCCAAAGGUUUCAGACGGUGGAGAAUAGGAUGGGUGGGGCGGAUCCGGGGAUGCAUGCGGAUAUCGUGUUGCAGCCGGCUAAGGAGAUUAAGGUUGUUUUUCAGUAGGUAAGUGUGUGUGUGUGUGGAUGAAGGGACGGGGUGAUGGGUUAGUGGAUGGGGAACUGGGCGCAGGAAGCAUUGGAGAUUGACGAUGUAUGAGCGUUCGCGUUUCUUCGAUCUGCAUGUCGCCCUCUUGCUCUGCUUAGCUUAGUGCUUUGCGAUGUACUGUCGUUGUCUAGUAUACCCGUCAAGAUAUACCACCCUGCUGUUAAUACCAUGAAGUCUUCUGGACAUAAUUGCAUGUAUUCUUUAGCUUUCUGCCAGCAUUACGUCGUCUC